AUGGAAACGGCAGCAUCAUAAACUGACCACACUUUGGAUUAUUUAUAACAGGAAAAAACAAAAAAAAAACAAAAAAACCUGAGAAACAGCGUGAUGUCGGGAGGAGCAGAGCAGCUGCUGGAGCUCAACCUGCGGAGGGAGACGUGGUGCCAGGUGGAGGUGCAGCCCCGGGAGGCCUGGCAGCGGACCGAGAGGAGACACUACCGGGGCCACCUGAGGACCAGCCGGGGCCUCCUCACCGCUCUGACCGCCGGGACGCAGCGCAGCGCGGCCUGCAGCGACAGGCUGCCCCCCUCCAGACUCCCGGAGAGGAGACACUACGAGGAGAGCUAUGAAUCCCAGCUGGUGUAAACUGCUGCAGCCUGACACAAGCUCAGAGAAAUACAAAUGCAUUUAACUUUGAGUGUUUUAUUUCCAUUAACAGAAUGCAUCAUAAUACAAUAUCAAAAAUGUAGAAAAAAAUACAUAAUGUAAAGUAUUACAAGUGUUGAUCUUUGUCUUGGUGAUUUGUUUGUGUCUCUAAAAAUCUUAUUUCC